AUGCAGCACAUGAUGGGCAGUUUCACUGAAGUCCUGGGACAGAUCGCUAUUGUUUGUGCUUCAGAUACUUUUACUGAGAGUUACAGCUAGUAAUGGAUUUUAAAGCGGUGAAAUUGCUUUUUUGUGUCAUUUGUCUGGCGCAGGCAACCCUUGAGCAGAGCUCAACAAAGAAAAAAAAUGGAAAAAAAGAGUCUGCUAACAGUGCUGCUAUUGAGGAGCUGAAGAAGCAGAUAGAAGAGAUUGUGAAGGAUCUGAAUCUGUUGAAGGAACAGCAAGCUUUGCAAACAGUUUGCCUGAAAGGCAUCAAGAUCCCCGGCAAAUGUUUUCUUGCCGACACGAUGAAGAAGACCUUUCAUGUAGCCAACGAUGAUUGCAUAGCAAAAGGUGGGACACUUAGCAGCCCUCUUUCUGGUGAUGAGAAUGACCAGCUGUACGCGUAUGUCCGCCAGACCAUCGGGCCAGAAGGGCACAUCUGGUUGGGCAUCAAUGACAUUUCCAUGGAGGGGGAAUGGACAGACCAGACUGGCUCCACCAUACGCUUCAAGAACUGGGAAUCAGAGAUCACCCACCAACCUGAUGGCGGCCGAAGUCAGAACUGUGCCAUCCUCUCCACCACAGCCAAUGGAAAGUGGUUUGAUGACGACUGCCGUAAUGCCAAGUCCUCCGUCUGCCAGUUCAACAUUGUCUGAGCUCCUUGCUGUUUCAGCAGCGAUGGGAGGACCAACUCCCUAUUAAUACCCAUGGUUUUGAAAUGAAAUGCUCAACAAACACAAACAGAUGUGGUGUUUGGGUCUCCUUCACAUACCUUCGGCAGUGCCGUGUAGUUCACAUACUGCUUUUUGUAGCUGCAUUUGCUAGAGUUCAAUAUUGAAAAAAAAAAAAACAACCAGCUUCAAAUUAUUGUCCCUUUUCUAGCGAUACAUCUCUAAAACCAUCUGGCAAAUAUGCUCAAAUGAAUGUUUUUACACAGAGUUGAUUUGUGGUGUUUGAUCAUUGAUUUAGUGAGUAAUGAAUGAAUGAAUACGCAUUUGCCCAGAUGUGAUGUUGGAAGGCUGUUCCAACACCAAAGAUGGUGGAAGGCAACUCUGCUGUAGAAGUCAUUUUUUUACUAUAAAUUCUCCUCCCUGUCCAAUAGGUGGUGAUAUGCAUGAAGAAAGCACGACUUUGAGAAGUUAUUAAAAUUUGUAUCGAACAAUUGUAUGCUGAAUUUCAAUAAUAUUAAGGCGUUAAAUAUGAUAUAGCUUAUAAUCAAAUAAAAAGCUAAUGAUUUAUGCUAAUGA